ACCAUACUCUCUCUGUGACACUGACACUGUUUCCUUGCUUCACCCCAUUUACUCAAAUAACCUUUUUCUCUCUGCUCCUAUUCUCACUCUUACCAAUUAGUACUAUUCCGUUUUUGCUCCAAAUUUAAACCCAGCAAAGAGCAUCCACAAAGCCACCCCAUUUUCCCUCACUUCCAAUCAUACCUUUUAGUGACACCUCAUACUCCUUAACUUCGUGUCCUUUCCCAUCCAAUUAACCAAUUAACAAGUGUGUUGUUCAUUUCUCAACGUUCAAGUCUUCUCUCUUUAGCUCAGUUUCUUUUCAUCUAAGUUGUUGGUUGCUAAGAAAAGAAAAGAUAAAAAAGGAAGAAAACUUCCAUUUGGGUCAUGAGAUUUGGUGCAUUCAAGUUCAACAUUCUCUAGUUUUGAGCUCAAGCUUUUUCACUGUAUCUGAUUUACUUAGAUCUCUCUCACUCUCUUCAUCUCAAAAAAUGCCAAGAUAACUCUUCUCAGUUACAAAUAGUCUAUUUUUUUCAUUACUUUUGGGUUGGUCUCAUCUUAUAGUCUUGUUAUUGAAACCAAUUGAGACAUUCAAGGUUGCCCUUCUGCAACACCCUUCUUUUGUUUCUUAAAAAUUUGAACCUUGAAAAGUAAUUGCAUUCUACCAAUGUGCUCCUCCUUAGUCUAAUUUGGUCCCAUCCCUUCAUAAAGUUCCAAUUUUUAGUCCUAAAAUUCAUCUUUUGCUGGUUUUUUGCUCAAGGAUAAGAAGGGCUUCUACCUUGGAAUCUUCGUUCUUCCUUUUGCAGCUAUUAGUCAUACAAAGGUCUCAACACUGUCCAAUUUCUAGUUGCUUUGACAAAUUUAUGGCGCUGCAUUGUCAAUAUGUUGCAAGUUUGUGUGAUGCUCAUGGUAGCAGUAUUGUGGUAGCUUAUUGAAUUUCUGAGUUUUGGACUAUUCUUUGAAGGUACCAAACGUGUACAUUUUCUUCCGUCCUUGAUUCAUUUUGAAAAUUUAUUCCAAGCCCUUCGAAUUUGACAUCAUUCUCUACCUGAAAUUCUAUGAACUCUGUGUUUUUGAGCUCUUAUUAUUGAUUGCACUGCUGAACAACUCUUUGGCCUCGAUUCUUCAACAUCUAUCACCUGUAAAUGUGACUUAGGCAGUAGGAUUCAUUGUUAUAUCUCUUAAUUUGUCCCUCUGAACAUAUAUAGAUAUGCAUGAGCAGAAGUAUCUCCUUAUAUCACCAUUGUUGCUUUGCAUUUUUGCUGGUUUCUUGCUACAUACUGUUGUGACAACUGUGAUACCGUUGGGUUCUAAACUUUCUGUUGUUGACAAUAAUUGUUGGGUUUCCCCCCAUGGGGAUUUUGCAUUUGGGUUCUUUAACAUUUCAGAUGAACCUAACCAGUUUAGUGCUGGCAUUCGUUUCAAUUCAAAGUCUAUAUCAAGUGACCAACAAAAAGUGGUUUGGGUUGCUGGUGCUCAUGUCACAGUAGGUAACAGAUCCUAUUUCCAACUCACUCCCGAAGGGGAACUGAUCCUGUGUGAUUCCUCACAAGGAUUCAGCAUAUGGACCAGUGGAACUGGCAAUAGAGGCGUUGUUUCAGCGGCUCUUCACGAUAAUGGCAAUCUUGUUCUGAUAGACUCAGAGCAAAACAUCAUUUGGCAAAGUUUUGACACUCCAUCUGAUACACUCCUCCCAGGACAGAGUUUAUCUGUUUAUCAGAUACUUCGGGCUACAACCAAGAACCCUAUGUCCAGUUAUUACAGUCUUUACAUGAAUGCUUCAGGUCAAUUGCAGCUUCGCUGGGAGAGUAAUAUCGUAUACUGGACAAGUGAGAGCCCUUCUUCUGCUUCAAAUCUCACUGCAUUUCUUACUUCAGGUGGAGCUUUGCAACUUCGAGACCAAAGUUUGAAAGCUGUUUGGAGUGUGUUUGGAGAAGACCACAACGAUUCUGUGAAUUACCGGUUUCUUAGGCUAGACGUGGAUGGCAAUCUCCGCUUGUAUUCGUGGAUUGACGCUACACAAUCAUGGAGAUCAGUCUGGCAAGCUGUUGAGAAUCAAUGCAAAGUCUUUACAACUUGUGGUCAGCGUGGUGUCUGUGUCUUCAAUACUUCAGGUUCAGCUGAUUGUAAGUGCCCUUUUGAGGCAACUGAAACCAACAAAUGUUUGGUUCCGUAUGAUGAGGAGUGUGGAUCUGGCUCUAAUAUGAUAACGUAUAAGAACACGUAUCUGUAUGGUAUUUACCCUCCUGAUGAUUCUGUUAUCAUAACUAGUUUGCAGCAAUGUGAGCAGUUGUGCCAGAAUGACAAGCAGUGUACAGUUGCUACCUUUUCCAACAAUGGUACUCCACAAUGUUCCAUAAAGAAAACUAAGUAUGUUACUGGCUACGCAGAUCCAUCUCUAAGGUCGAUUUCUUUUGUUAAGAGGUGCUCAGGUCCAUUUGCUGUAAAUCCUAGUCUCACGAAAUCACCUCCACAGGAACUGCCUCCUAGGCUCUGUGUUUCUUGUCUAAUGGGAGCAGCCUCAGGAACAUUUUUCAUCUUUGCUGUGCUCCAGCUAGGAGUUGUUUUCUGCAUCUACAGAAGAAAAAACCGUACAAUGAGAAAAGUCACUUUAGCUUUUGGAAAUCCAGAUUCAAAGGGCUUAUUUGUGUUAUCCUUCUCAGAAAUCAAUAGUUUCACUGGGAAUCUCAAGAAUGAAAUUGGGCCAAAUAUGUUCAAGGGUAUGCUACCGAACAAUCACCUGAUUGUAGUUAAAGACCUGAAUGCAUCCAUAGAAGAAAGGAAGUUCCGUAGUGCUGUUCUGAAAUUAGGGAACAUCCACCAUAAGAACCUUGCAAAGCUGGAGGGUUAUUGUUGCGAGUUUAACCAUAGAUUUUUGGUGUAUGAAUAUCCCAAAAAGGGUUCACUGGACAAGUAUAUAAAUGAUUGUGCUCUUUGCAAGAAGCUAACUUGGAGAAGAAGAAUAGAAAUAUGCUCAAGUGUGGCAAAGGCCAUUAGUUAUUUGCACACCGGGUGUAGGGAGUUUGUGAGCCAUGGGAAUUUGAAAUGUGAAAAUGUCAUUUUGGAUGAAAAUUCAAUUGCCAAGGUGUGUGAAUAUGGGUUCACAAUAGUGGAAGGUGAGGCCACAUAUUGUGGCUUUUCAGCUGAGAAAGAUGUAGGGGAUUUUGGAAAGUUAGUAUUAACAUUGUUAACAGGGUGUGAAGAACAUGGACAACUUUGUGAGUGGGCAUAUACAGAAUGGAUGGAAGGGAGGGCAGUUAAUGUUGUUGAUUCAAGAAUUGACGGUGUUGCCAAUUCAGAGGAAUUGGAACGUGCAUUAAGAAUCGCAUUCUGGUGCCUUCAAAUGGAUGAACGUAGAAGACCUUCUAUGGAGGAGGUAGUGAGAGUACUAGAUGGUACAUUGAAUGUUGAUCCCCCACCACCACCAUUUAUCUUGCAGAGACAGGAAGAUGAUCCACAAGAAAAUUGUUCAGAAUCGGUGAUUUAGUAGUGUUUAUGCCAGCUCAAUUUGGUUACCUUCAUCAUAUUCAAUGUGUAUAGUAGAACUAACAUAGAUGUGAAAAAUAGCCAUGCCCAUUAUUUUUGGUCCCUCAACCUAUGUGGGGCAGUGACUGUAAACUCGAAGACUUUGUUGUUCAUUUCAGAUUUGCGGCAUCUGCCUGAAUAUAGGACUCCAUUUGAGCACAUACUAGAGA